AUGGGUGCACUGGGAAAACCCAAUGAGCUGGAGCUGGACGAGCUCUCCUCUGUCCCCUUCGUCAACGGGAUCCUCUUCUGCAAGGUGCGGCUCCUGGACGGGGGCAGCUUCAGCGGAGAGUCCUCCAGGGAGGUGGUACAAGCAAACUGUGUUCACUGGAAAAAGAAGUUCUUAUUUAUGUGUAAAAUGAGUGCAAGUGCCACUACAGGAGUUUUGGAUCCCUGCAUCUGCAGAGUGUCUAUACGGAAGGAAUUAAAAGGUGGGAAGGCCUAUGCAAAGCUGGGUUUUGCAGACCUCAACCUGGCAGAGUUUGCUGGAUCAGGAAAUACCACUCGUCGCUGUUUACUUGAAGGUUAUGAUACUAAAAACACAAGGCAGGACAAUUCAAUUCUCAAAGUCUUGAUCAGCAUGCAGCUAAUGUCUGGAGACCCAUGCUUUAAAACGCCUCCAUCUACAGCAAUGUCUAUAUCAAUUGCCGGAGAACCAGAAUCCCUACAUGAAGACAGGAAGGGUGUAGAGAACACAAAAUCAUCACAGCUAGCUGUAUCAGAUCUUGCACCUAAGAGCACCUCUGUUCCAGAGGAAUUUGGAGCAUGUGGGCAUUCUAGGACCUCUAGCUAUGCCAGCCAGCAGUCAAAAGUGUCAGGGUACAGCACUUGCCAUUCCAGAUCAUCUAGUAUCUCUGAUCUUUGCCAUAAGAGAAAUACCUCUGUGGGAAGUACAUCAACUGGCAUAGGUAGCAUUCUAGAGCCAUGUGGAGAGGCUGAAAUGAAAAGAAGUGACAGUAAUUUAGAGAUGCCCAUGAAAGAGGCGCCCCCUGAAAAAUUAAACAGGCACCCAGUGAAACAGGAUUCUGUGGAAUCACAGCUAAAGAGGGUUGAUGCCACCCGAGUUGAUGCAGAUGACAUUGUUGAAAAAAUACUGCAGAGUCAAGACUUCAGUUUGGAUUCAAGUGCAGAAGAAGAAGGACUAAGACUUUUUGUUGGUCCUGGAGGGAGUACUGCUUUUGGAAGUCAUCACUUACCUAACAGAGUAGGAUCUGGAGCAUAUGAACAAGUAGUGAUUAAACGCUAGAAGAUCUGGACUAAAAUGGCAGAACUCUUCGAUUUCCAAUGUUUACUUCCUUCCUAAUGCUACUGGAGAUGGGCUUCUCCAACAUGCCAGCACACAGUGGCUUAAGUUAUCAGUUCGGGUUCCUUAUACCAAAAUGCUCUCUUCUGUAUCAACCUGUGGUGUAAGGCAGUUUUUCAUCUUGUACUUUGCCAGCCACUGUAGGUAUGUUGGUGGAUUUAUUACAGCAUUAUAUGUGUAAAUCAAAGUACUGUUUUUGGAGACAGGAUAAAUGAUGCACAAUAUGUUGAAACUGUCUCAGUAUGUAGGAAUGCAUACAUACAGUAAUAUUAUCUGUUUGAAGCUUUGUUUUUCAUAAGACCUCAGAGGCAGAAGCAUUAUCUGUGUCAGUUUUCUAUAGUACUUUUAACAUUGACUAGUUGUUUGUCAAACUAGAAUAUGGAAAUCAGACAUGCUACUUUGAGGAAAUGACUCAGGCAGCAAGCUUGCAGGAAUUAAGAUUAAACAUUACUACAAAUGUGCAUAACUUUCAGUUAUAUACAAGAAAAAGUUUAUUAAAAAUGAGGGAGUGGAUCUCGGAAAAUUUGAAUAGGAUAUAUGGAUGUAUGUAAUUACUAUUUAAAAUGCAGCAUUUCAUGCUAGGGAGGAGACUAAGGCCCUUAGAAAUAUAAUUGAAUACUGUUUAAUUGUGCUGAUGUUUAAUUUGUACCAAAAAUUGAAACUAUAGUAUCAUAGGUAUUCUAUAGGAAUUCAAAGCUUGUUUGAGGGUAACUUGUAAUGAACAGCUUGGCAUAUGAAGUAGCAUGUUCAUCUUAUAAAAUCUCAAAUUGAAUUUUGAAAGAGUGCCUUGCUCUGAGCUAAAAUGAACAUUAACUAUUUUUAAAGAGCUUUCAGAAUUAGUAAACAGUUAAUCUCUGAUUAGUUUAUGCUGCCCAGAGCACUUUAUAUAGCAACUUUAUUCACUCCAUUUGAAAACUUUAACUGAGACAUCCACAAAUAAUAUUUCUGUAGUUUGUAUCACAAUUAUAAGGUUUUUGCCUUGUUGUGCAAAUAUAUGUGUACUGUUUUCCAGAGCCAUAAUGUUGCAGAUGAACAGGGCAAUGUAUGGAGCACAUAACCCUUAAAAUACUGACUAUAUGGAAUCCCUAAUGAGUAUUUUGCUUUAGCUCUGUCGCAUUUUCAAUUGGGUCUCAUUUAAAUCCCAUUCUUUUACUGGGCUAUUUGUAGACAACACUUGAUGGAAAUUGUGCAGGUCAACAUUUCUGCUGGAAUUCUUACUAUAAACGGUAUACAGAUUUGCACAAAAGGAAUAAUGCAGUGUGCCUAUGCAACAAUUUGAUUAACACAUUUCUAAUAGCCUUAACCCAUUUUAUUUUCGGAACAGGAUUUUAGGCUAAAAACACUGUGAACAAUUUACAAAUGUAUCAACAGUUGGUUAGUAUUCUUGAAGGCUUUCACAGCCGGGAUCUGAUGGUUGUUGUAGGUUUUUUGGGCUCUUUGGCCGUGUUCU